GCUGUACCGGGUCCUUGCCUUUUGGAUCUCCAAAAGAUUGUUGCAACUGAUACUCAACAUAUAGCUUUCAUUUACACCGCAAGAUCUGUAGGAUAUCUCGUUGGCACAAUGCUAGGAGGUAUUGCUUUUGAUAUGCUGAAGAACAAACAGUCGGCUUUAGCAGUCUGCAAUUUAAUUACUUCCAUUUCGAUGCUUGGAAUUCCUUGGAGCAGAAAUAUUGGAACUCUCACAGGACUAAUGGUUAUAAGUGGUGCAUCUGCAGGAUCUGUUUGCACAUGUGGUAACGUUUUCUGCCUGAAUUUAUGGGGAAAGGACAGUGGACCAUUUUACCAAGCACUACAUUUCACUUUUGGAAUUGGAUGUUUAUUAGCUCCUCUUAUUGCUGCAUCAUUCAUUGGUGAUUAUACUGAAGAAUCCUCGAUUCUUGGUUUCAAUUACACACUGAGCGAUGAAUCCUUUCCAAAUUUUACCACUUUAAAUCAAAACAUUACUACUGAAUUAAAUUUUCCUGCAAUGUCCACGCCACCAGUUACAUAUCCCUUCACAAUUAUUGGCUGCUAUGGUUUUAUUGUAUCAAUACUGUUAUUUGCUAUUUUGUUUGUUUCAUCCAAUAAUAGCAGCGACCAAGGAGAGAAACAUAACAAAACGAGAGAAAGAAGUCUUGCUUUCAUUUCUUUGCUUGUAGUAUUAUGUGGUUUGUUACUUUUUGUAGAGACAGGAACAGAAAUAGGAUUUGCUCAAAUGUUAACAACAUAUGCUGCGAAAGGAACUUUGAAGCUGACGACGACAACAGGAUCUUACAUGACAUCAGCAUUCUGGGCAGCAUUUACGAUAUCAAGACUUGCGUCAGUUUUCUUGGCUACUAAAUUCAGCAACUUAACUUUGCUAGCAUAUGACCUAGGCAUAACUUCUGUAGGGGCAAUAUUACUGUUAACUCUGUCCAAUCACGAAUGGAUCUUAUGGCUAUCAUCAGUUCUUAUUGGAAUAGGAAUAGCUUCGUUUUUCCCAGCUACAUUAGCCUGGUUAGAUUCAUAUAUAAAUGUUACAAAUAAAAUCGCAUCUCUUUUAGUUCUUGGUGGAGCAUUUGGAGAAAUGUUAAUACCUUUUACAAUAAGCACUUUUAUAGAAAGUGUUCCGGAAGUACUUGUUUAUGUCGUGGCUGCGUCUUGUUUCUUCUCAAGUAUGAUAGUACUGAUAAUGUAUUUGAUUUUACGAAAGACGGAAAAUAAGUACGUUGAUGAACCACCAACCAAUACCGACAACAGCACGUCUGUGGCUGCUUGAAAAAAGAAAUA